AUGUCAUCACAUAAACGUUCCUCUUCAUCUCCGAUCACCGCCCAUCGCCGCACCCCCCUCCACCACUCCACAGCACCACCUCCACCACCACCAGAACCACCACAUCUCCCCUCCAAACCCAACCUCACCACCACCCUCUACCACACUCACAUCGGUGUCUUCGCUGUCACUUGGUCCAGGACACUCUUUGGCCGUUCCCUCUACAUCCAUCUCCUCCCGUUCUCCACCGCUCCCACCACCUCCGAUGACGAUAUCACCCCCACUUCCACUUCCACCUCCACCUCUUCCUUCCACCUCCAAAUUAAACCUUUCAUUUUCUGGAACAAAUAUGGCUCCAAAAAGAUCUCAAUCCCCACAAACCCCAACGACGUCCUCCACAUCUACUACGAUCUCUCACGUGCCAAAUUCGGAUCGGGUCCCGAGCCCAUAUCAGGAUUCUACAUAGCCGCCAUAUUCUCCGGCCAAAUGGCACUCCUCGUCGGAGACUCCACAAAACAUGCCUACUCCAAAGUCAAAUCCACAAACCCUGAUAAAACCCAGAUCACCAUUCUCCGACGAGAGCAUGUUUACGGCAUCGCCAACAAAAAAUACAACACCAAAGCGACUUUCCGGGGGAAAACUAGAGACAUAACCAUUGACUGUACACGAAUCGCCGGUGGUGACGACUCCAGAUUAUGCUUUUCCGUCGAUAACAAAAGGGUAUUGGUAGUAAAACAUUUGAAUUGGAAAUUCAGAGGGAACGAACGAGUAGAAAUGGAUGGAGUUCAUAUUCAAAUUUCGUGGGAUGUGUACAAUUGGCUAUUCGAAGAAGAAGUAGACGAUGGAUACGCAUUGUUCAUGUUUAGAUUUGAAAAAUCUGGAUUCGAUUACCAUGAAGAUGACAAAUACUUGGCUCGAUUAAAUGCAUCUGGAUCUGGUCUGAUGGGAUUCGGAUCAGGGUUGGGUUUUGGGCUCGAGAAAAGGAAGAUGAAGAAAGGGAUGUUGAGGACGGCGGCCGGAAGUUCAUCCUCGUCGUCGUUGUCGUCGGCGUCGUCGGGAUGUGGAUCGGUGAUGGAGUGGGAAAGUGUGGAGGAGAAUGAACUAAAAGGCCCUUCUGGUUUUUCGUUGCUUGUUUACGCUUGGAAAAGUUGA